AUGAACGGCGCUUUUCUUGGGCAGUUACGAAAUCAAGGAAAGAUCCUCAUUACUUCCCACAAAUUCUCAACAAAAUCUUACUCUGAUGAACCUCCCGUCGAAACUGGACGACUAUGUGAAAAGCUUCUUUGUGAAAAAUGCCAAGUUGAUAAACGAAAUGGAAAGUGUGGACUUGAUGGCUGCGAGUUUAGAAUCAUCAGAAGCGGAUUCAAACAAGUUGAUCAUCUCAAACAUAUAAAAUUCAAGUGUCCGAUGGGAAAUUGCGAAGCGAAAUUGAGCUUCGAAGGAUUUUGUAUUCAUGCUUCAGAAGGAUGCCAAGCAAAGCCACUUCGAAAAAAGGAGAUUCCCCUGGAAGAAACUGGCUUUCUUCGAAAAGACAAAAACAACAAUAACUUUCAGCUUCAAUCUUACGAGGACGACGAACAAACGAAUAUGGUUCAUGCGAUGCCAAAGCGACCUCCAGUGACAAGAAUUGAGGAUGAAAAUCUUGGUCGAUCUAUGGAAAGUCUCAAACUUCGCGAUGAGGGUUCCGAAAAAGAAAGAUCGCGCCAAAAGAAAAGCUCAAAAGAGAACAACAAGAAGGAAGCUAUCCCGUCUCAUCUCUGCGGAACCCCCCUUUCUUCCGUGAAAGCACCCGAAGGCUACUAUGACGACAACCCAGCAUUUGACGCUCUACGCCAGCAAGGAAUCGCGCUGAAGAAUGGAAUGUUCGGAAACCACGAAAAGUUCGAUUUCCCCAUCGGAAUGCGGCCGGUACCAGAAGUUUCUGGGCAUCCGAAGGACAGGCAGUACAAGGUCGUCCCCGAAAGACAAGAAAUGAAUAUGCAGCAGCAAAAUAUGAUGUAUCCCACUCAUACACCCGAUGGUUUUCUCAUUCCUCCAGAUAUUGACGUCCAUCCAGACGGAGCCCCAAUCCCUAAAAAGCCGAGUGGAAGAGCUCCACCGACACACGAAGAAAUGAUAAUCAACCUGACAGCGGAAAAAGACGCUUUAGAAGAAAAACUGUUGCAGGAGCGAAAGGAUUGGCGAGCGGAGCAGAAACGUCUCAAGAAUAAAAUCUCGGUGUUGGAAAAACUGUCCACUGAUUUCAAGGGAAGUGAUGAGGGCCUUGGGAAGGUUGUUCGUGAGCUGCAAGCUCAUGCAGUGCAGGUUGAGAAAGAGCGAGACGCAGCACAGCGAAAAGUCCGUCAUCUGGAGAAAGUCAUGGAAAAGAUCGUCAACGACUCAAGCAGACAAUCAGCAGCUGCAUUGAAACUCGCCGAUAGCCAAGAAAAGAUGCGCGUCUUUGCCCUUAUCGGCCUUGCUGCAGCCCUGCACAAUCAUGUGCAGAAGAAAACCUUUCAGCUGGCAAGAAAACAGAGGCAGACUCUACUAUUGCCUGGAGAAGCGUGCUCUGAUAAUCAUCAGACAUUCAUGAUUUCGAUGAGAAUCAUCGAUUUACCAAAGACGACAUCAUCCCCGUACGACUUUUACAUUCGCCUGAACGGAACGAAAGCCAACAGUGCGUUGAUUUGUUUCCGUGAUUAUGAAAAAUUGCUCUCCGGCGAGAAUCAAGUCAACUUGAUUUUUGCGCUCCACGAGUAUAUCGGCCAUCUACGCGAUGUCGAUAUAGCCGUGGACAAUGCCGACUUUGAAUCUGGGCAAAUGAUCGGCCAACUUACUCAGAUCGAAAUCCGCGAUGGAAUCGACUUCGCUUGGGGAGAUUUCGCGGUAACGAAAGAUUUCGGGCCAUGGUUCCUUUACAUUCGUGAGAAGCCGCUCAAUCUUGAGCUGACGAAUCUGGUGUAUGAGAAGACUCUUCUCAACUUUUACUUCCCCACGGUACUUUUUUCGACAAUUUCUUUGUCGAAUAAUGCGAAUUGGGAUCCGAUUGACAUCAAAAAUAUGCUCGUGGCGAAGAUUGAAGAAGUUUUUACCGCAUUUAUGAUAAUAACCAUGUUCAUUUUUCUCCGGGAUCCGACUUGGUGGUCGGCUUUUCACAAGGCCGAUCAAACUACCCUCAAUCUUCACGGUGGCGCUGGAAUGUAUCCCUUCAUGUGGACAAUCGUUGGAAUCACCACCGCCAUCACAACCCUAAUCGGCAUCAUUCUCCGAAAGCUCCACGCGAAGCCGAAUUCGGGGAAAAUUGAGCCCGAGAUGAUUUCUCUCCCUCAUGAAAAGUGGAUCGAGAUGGACUGGCGGGAGCAAAGCUUGUUUCUGCGAAGCUUGCUCUCUCGAAAAGAGCAUUCAGGCACACGAACUCUUGUGAAUCGUCAAUUGCAGCAGGAGAAAAUAGUCACAAACUGUCCUCCUGGCGAAUUUCAUAAAGCAACUGCUGCUAAUAUUCGCUCUCGAAUGACGAAUCUGCCUCAGGAGCUCGCCGCAGCUGAUACAGAAAACUCCAAUUUUUUCAUUACAAAAAUGACGACAAUGAAGCCUUCUUAUGUCGGAACUCUUCACAAAAUUUCCAAGGAUCUUCUCAAGCCGACAGGAACAAGAUACAUUCGUCGAGAAGUCUACCGCCUCGAGAAUAAGAUCGUCGACAACAUCAGCUUAUCAGAGUGUUAUUCUCGAGAGCGAUCGUUGAUCCAGCGAGUUAGAAAGUCUUUUGAAGAUGAGGAUUGUCCAGAUUCAAUUUUGUACGAAAACAUCGGAGAUCGCCAAAAACCGACAACGACGCGGGGCAUCCCUCUUCCUCCAACGCCCGAGCCAGAAGAAGAGUUAGCAGAAGGGAUUCCAAGACAUGUCGACAGAGAAUUCUCCGAAUAUUCAGUUGAAUCACAAAAACUCCAGAGCCAAAUUAUGACGAAAGCAUAA